AGUGUUGACUGAAGCCCAGACACGACAACUACGCAUCUGAAGCCAGAGUUCCGACAGACCAGCAGUGUCAAAAUGGACCGUUUGUCCUUGGAUGAAGGCGUACCAGAGCAACGCAAAACUCAAGGAAGAAGACGUCGAGAAUCUGAAAGAAUGGCUUAUUAAGCAGUAUCAUCUACCAGCCAUUUCAGAGAAGAAGAUGAUCAUGUUCCUGCAUGCGUGCGACUACAUGAUGGAAGCCACGAAACGAACCAUAGACAGCCACUACACGAUCAAGACCCAGUUCCCCGAACUGUGGAGCGACAUGGAUCCAAUGCUACCGGAACUACAGCGCGCGAUGCAGGUUAUGCAGUGCGCGCAGAUGCCGUCCAGGGACGCCCGCGGCCACCUGGUGCUCGUCAUGCGCCUCAGCGACGCCGACGCCUCGCGAUACUCGCACGUCGAGGUCGCCAAGACGCAGGUCAUGCUCAUGGAGCUGGUGCUGUGGCUGCACGGUCCCUUCUGCCCGGGGCUCGUCGUGGUCGUCGACGAGAAGCUGUCCACCUUCGGCCACGCCGCCCGCACCAGCAUGUCCGCUUUGCGCAAACACUUCACCUUCCUCAAGGAAGGAUUCCCUGGAAAAAUAGUUGGUUUUCACGUUAUCAACUGUGUGUCAAUUGCUGAGAAAGUCGUGUCCUUAAUAAAGCCUUUCGUAAAGAUAGAUUUACUGGACAAGCUGAAAUUCCAUCGUGGUGGUCUUGACUCGCUCUACAAAUAUAUCCCUCAAGAAAUACUUCCAUUCGAGUACGGCGGGAAUGCGGGAUCCUUCGAAGAUCUGCACAAAAAAACGAUGGAGGUGAUGAUGCAGCAUCGUGAUUGGUUCUUGGAAGAAGAGAAACUGCGAGUGGACGAAUCAAAGAGGACUAGCAUGGACAAAAAUUCAAAAACAAAAUCUGUGAUAUCUGGUUCCUUCAAGAAGCUAGAUAUUGACUGAAGAGACUCUUACGAUACACUUUUAUUUUUCCUUUGAGCUAAUUAAAGUUCUGUAAUAAUGUUAAAACAA